AGUGGGUGACGCUCUUCAAAGAUGGAAGAUGGGAAGCCCGUGUGGGCGCCACACCCCACUGAUGGGUUCCAGAUGGGCAACAUCGUGGACAUUGGCCCCGAUAGCCUCACCAUCGAACCUUUGAACCAAAGGGGCAAGACAUUUUUGGCUCUCAUAAAUCAAGUGUUCCCUGCAGAAGAGGACAGCAAAAAAGAUGUAGAAGAUAACUGUUCUCUAAUGUACUUAAAUGAAGCCACACUCCUCCAUAAUAUCAAAGUUCGAUAUAGUAAAGAUAGAAUCUAUACGUAUGUUGCCAACAUUCUGAUUGCAGUAAAUCCAUACUUCGAUAUACCUAAAAUCUAUUCUUCAGAUACAAUAAAGUCAUAUCAAGGAAAAUCUCUUGGCACAAUGCCACCUCAUGUCUUUGCCAUUGCUGACAAGGCCUUCCGAGACAUGAAGGUGCUCAAGAUGAGCCAGUCCAUCAUUGUGUCUGGAGAAUCCGGAGCUGGCAAAACAGAAAACACAAAAUUUGUUCUUAGAUACCUGACAGAAUCAUACGGAACAGGUCAAGAUAUUGAUGAUAGAAUUGUUGAAGCUAAUCCACUCUUAGAAGCCUUUGGAAAUGCAAAGACCGUUCGCAACAAUAAUAGCAGUCGAUUUGGAAAAUUUGUAGAAAUUCAUUUCAAUGAAAAGAGUUCAGUUGUUGGAGGAUUUGUUUCACAUUAUCUUCUGGAGAAAUCUAGGAUCUGUGUUCAAGGCAAAGAAGAAAGGAAUUACCAUAUCUUUUACAGGUUGUGCGCUGGUGCUUCUGAAGAUAUUAGGGAAAAACUUCAUUUGAGCUCUCCAGAUAAUUUCAGGUACUUAAACCGUGGCUGUACCAGAUACUUUGCUAACAAAGAAACUGACAAACAGAUUUUGCAGAAUCGCAAAAGUCCUGAGUAUGUGAAGGCUGGUUCCCUGAAGGACCCUCUCCUAGAUGACCACGGAGAUUUUAUCCGCAUGUGCACAGCCAUGAAGAAAAUUGGCUUGGGUGAUGAAGAAAAGCUCGAUCUGUUCCGAGUGGUGGCUGGCGUGUUGCACCUUGGGAACAUUGACUUUGAGGAAGCCGGCAGCACUUCAGGUGGCUGUAAUCUGAAGAGUAAAUCUGCGCCAUCCCUGGAGUACUGUGCGGAGUUGCUGGGUUUGGAUCAGGACGACCUCCGAGUGAGUUUAACCACCAGAGUCAUGCUCACAACGGCAGGGGGCACCAAAGGAACAGUUAUAAAGGUUCCCUUGAAAGUGGAGCAAGCAAACAAUGCCCGUGAUGCCCUGGCAAAGACAGUGUAUAGCCAUCUUUUUGACCACGUGGUCAACAGAGUAAACCAGUGUUUUCCUUUUGAAACAUCAUCCUAUUUCAUUGGAGUCUUAGAUAUUGCUGGAUUUGAGUACUUUGAGCACAACAGUUUUGAACAGUUUUGCAUCAACUAUUGCAACGAGAAACUUCAACAGUUUUUUAACGAAAGGAUUCUGAAGGAGGAACAAGAACUAUAUCAGAAGGAAGGUUUGGGUGUGAAUGAAGUUCAUUAUGUGGAUAAUCAGGAUUGCAUAGACUUAAUUGAAGUGAAGUUAGUGGGAAUACUGGAUAUUUUGGAUGAAGAAAAUCGCCUUCCCCAGCCCAGUGACCAGCACUUCACAUCUGCUGUUCACCAGAAGCACAAGGACCAUUUCCGACUCACUAUUCCAAGGAAAUCUAAGCUGGCAGUCCAUAGGAAUCUCAGAGAUGAUGAAGGUUUUAUUAUCCGGCAUUUUGCAGGGGCGGUGUGCUAUGAAACAACUCAGUUUGUGGAGAAAAAUAACGAUGCAUUGCAUAUGUCUCUGGAAUCCUUAAUAUGUGAAUCCAGGGAUAAGUUUAUACGGGAAUUAUUUGAAUCGUCUACAAAUAACAACAAAGAUACGAAACAGAAAGCCGGAAAACUUAGCUUCAUCAGUGUGGGAAACAAAUUUAAGACACAGUUAAAUUUGCUUCUGGAUAAACUUCGAAGUACCGGAGCGAGCUUUAUUCGCUGCAUCAAGCCUAAUUUAAAGAUGACAAGCCACCACUUCGAAGGGGCUCAGAUUCUGUCUCAACUUCAGUGUUCAGGUAUGGUGUCUGUUUUGGACUUGAUGCAAGGUGGUUUCCCAUCUCGAGCUUCAUUUCAUGAACUCUACAACAUGUACAAAAAGUAUAUGCCGGAUAAACUUGCAAGAUUGGAUCCAAGGCUAUUUUGUAAGGCUCUUUUUAAAGCUUUAGGUUUAAAUGAAGUUGACUAUAAGUUUGGAUUAACAAAAGUAUUUUUCAGACCUGGAAAAUUUGCAGAAUUUGAUCAGAUUAUGAAGUCUGAUCCUGACCAUUUAGCAGAGCUGGUUAAGAGAGUCAACCAUUGGUUAGUCUGCAGUCGCUGGAAGAAAGUUCAAUGGUGUUCACUCUCAGUCAUUAAACUGAAAAACAAAAUACAAUACAGAGCAGAAGCUUGUAUUAAGAUGCAAAAGACUGUCCGAAUGUGGCUCUGCAAAAGGAGACACAAACCUCGCAUCGAUGGCCUGGUGAAGGUGGGCACGCUGAAAAAACGGCUGGACAAGUUUAAUGAAGUGGUCAGCGCACUGAAAGAUGGGAAGCCGGAGGUGAUCCGACAGAUCAAGGAUCUAGAAGUUUCCAUCGAUGCUUUGAUGGCCAAAAUUAAGUCCACCAUGAUGACAAGGGAGCAAAUACAGAAAGAGUACGACGCGCUGGUGAGAUGCUCUGAGAAUCUCCUCAGCGCACUGCAGAAAAAGAAGCAGCAAGAGGAGGAAGCAGAGAGGCUGAGGCGGAUCCAGGAGGAGAUGGAGAAGGAGAGGAAGAGGCGUGAGGAGGACGAGCAUCGGCGGAGGAAGGAGGAGGAGGAAAGGCGGAUGAAACUUGAGAUGGAAGCAAAGAGAAAACAAGAAGAGGAGGAGAGGAAGAGAAGGGAAGAUGAUGAAAAGCGCAUUCAGGCGGAGGUGGAGCUGCAGCUGGCGCGGCAGCGGGAGGAGGAGGCGCAGCAGCAGGCGGUGCUGGAGCAGGAGCGCCGGGACCGCGAGCUGGCCCUGCGCAUCGUCCAGAGCGAGGCGGAGCUCAUCACCGACGAGGCCCAGGGCGACCUGGCCCUCCGCAGCUUGACUUCCUGCCAAGUAACUCCUAAAAAUGAUGGAACAAGACCCAAAAUGACUCCGGAACAAAUGGCCAAAGAAAUGUCAGAAUUUUUGAGUAGAGGCCCUGCUGUGCAAGCAACCAAGGCAGCUGCUGGAACCAAGAAACACGAUCUCAGCAAGUGGAAAUAUGCCGAACUCCGUGACACCAUCAAUACUUCAUGUGAUAUUGAGCUACUGGCAGCCUGCAGAGAAGAAUUCCAUAGGCGACUAAAAGUGUAUCACGCAUGGAAAUCUAAGAACAAGAAGAGAAAUACUGAAACCGAGCAGCGUGCUCCAAAGUCUGUUACUGAUUAUGAUUUUGCACCAUUUUUGAACAAUUCACCGCAGCGCAACCCCGCGGCCCAGCUCCCCGCCCGGCAGCAGGAGGUGGAAAUGAGCCGGCAGCAGCGCUUCUUCCGCAUCCCCUUCAUCCGCCCGGCCGACCAGUACAAAGACCCCCAGAGCAAGAAGAAGGGCUGGUGGUACGCGCACUUCGACGGUCCGUGGAUCGCCCGGCAGAUGGAGCUCCACCCAGACAAGCCGCCCAUCCUGCUGGUGGCCGGCAAGGACGACAUGGAGAUGUGCGAGCUGAACCUGGAGGAGACCGGCCUGACCCGCAAGCGUGGAGCGGAGAUCCUGCCGCGCCAGUUUGAGGAGAUCUGGGAGCGCUGCGGCGGCAUCCAGUACCUGCAGAGCGCCAUCGAGAGCCGCCAGGCGCGGCCCACCUACGCCACGGCCAUGCUGCAGAGCCUGCUCAAGUAGGCCUGGGCCUGGCUGGGAGCAAGGCCUGGGCCUGGGCCUGGGGGCGGGGCCUGGGAGCAAGG